UGAUAUGUUUCUGCUUUGAUUUCUGAAUCCCGAAGUCUAUAUGGUAGCUUCUUUCAGAUUUUGGUUUAAAAAUUUCAGAAGAUUAGAUUCAAAUUUUAUGGAACGUUGGAGUGGAGUUUUGAAGGUCACCCUAGAUUCUAGCAGUAGGGCUCCUUACAGAGUUGGAGCUUCUCUCUGCCUUUCUCUUCCCUCCAAAACACUAACUGUACCUUCUCUGAAUGCCAUAUUCUUUAAUGGAGAUCGAGUUGAAGGUACUGGUAAUCCAGUGAUUGAGAAGCUGUCGGAUCUGAGGAAUAUAACUGAAAUUCUAGUUUCUAAAUUGGGUGUCUCAAUUAAUGCUUGGGUUGUGGAGUCAUCAGUCUACAAUGGCCCUUUUGCUGUAUACAAGGAUUUUAUUCCAUCUGUCAAUUCAUGGGGAGACCCAAAAUCAUACAGUCCAUAUGGGUUUCCAGCUUCAACAUCUAUUGCCCUGCUGUUAUCAAAAUGCCUUGAAGAGCAGGCCAAAAGAGUAAUUCCAGGAGUAGAACAGAAGUCACAUUCAAAUGGAGUAUCUACAUCAUUGCCCUGUCUGCCCAAGACACUUAUCUUUGGAUUUAGCAAGGGUGGUGUUGUACUUAACCAGCUUGUUACUGAACUUGCCUACUCGAAUGUUGAUUCUAGUGAAAGCCUGAAUGAUAGAGUGAAGCACCCAGUGGAUGAAAGCUUUCCUAAAUUCCAGGAAGAGAAUCUAGUUAUACCCAGGACAAAAGACAGUCUCUUAAACAGAAUUUCUGAGAUCCAUUACGUCGAUGUUGGUUUAAAUACCUCUGGAGCGUAUCUUACUGAUCAUGCUGUUAUCAAAAGAAUCUCUGAACGCCUUGUGCUUGGAGCUGCCAGAAUUCGUUUUGUUCUUCAUGGAACACCGAGGCAGUGGAGUGAUAAAAGGCGGCCUUGGAUCAGGAAUGAGAAAGACCAGUUGCGUCAACAGCUUGAAGAUGCGGCUCAGAAGAGUGGGGGGAAAUUACAGUUUCUCUCAUGGAUAACUAAGAAGCAACCUGUAUAUCAGAUACACAUGAUGCUAUUCAAAAAGGAGCAGUCCAAAAAGGAUGCUCUAUACAAAUUACCUCAUCUCCAAAUGCUUAGUCAUAUACAUUGUCAAGAUUCUAACUCAGCUAUUUACAAGAUCACCCCAGUUUUCCCCGGAUUCACUUCCUUGUGGUCGAAGCGCUUUGCUUUUCUUGCAGUGCUACUUGCUGAUUAUUUUUUAGAUUAGAAAAUCUGAGCAUUCCUUUCCCUCCA